AUGGAUGAGAUAACUUCCGAUCUCCACGCCUCAAUUGUAACUACCAUUGAUCAAUCUAUGGAACCUUUCGCUCUCAUUGAGCCUUCCUCACCCUCUAUUACUCCUGCUGCUACAGUCACACCUCUCCCAGUUUCCCAAUCUCUUACUAAUUCAAAAACCCUUGAAACUACUGCUCCGUUAUCCCCAUCGUCUGAUGUUCCCACCAGUCAAAUCCUAAGUGGAGAACAAGGUCAAAAUCCUGAGGUCACAAAGAGUUCUGCCAUCGUUGCUACCAAUUCCAUGGUGGUGGAAGCACCGGUUGAGGAAGAGAAAAAUGUUGUAACCGUGGAUGCAGUAGCAGAUACUACUAAGGCAUCACAUGCGGAACCUGAUCCCUCUCCAGAGGAUCCAGGUCAGGGCUCUCAUUCCCAGGACAGUGGUGUUCCUGCAUUCGAUGUUGUGCCCCUGGAAAUUCAAGCACCUGAAAUGAGAUCCAGUGAUGAAGAAGACCUAGAUAAUGUGGCUCUUGAUGCAUUCAUAAGUAGCGGAGGGCUUCAAGUUAAAGUGGCCUACGAUUCUGCCCUUCAAAGGAGCAAGAAGAGUAGUAAAAAGAAAAGAAGAAAGUUGGUGAAAGAUGGUGUACCUGUAAGUGCUGAGGCAAUCCAUGUAGUCGAGGUGGAAGAGGAAACCCCAGAUGAACCUGGUUCACUUGUUAUACAGUCUUCAAAAAAGACGAAGCCUACUUCAAUAGAGAAAGGGUCAACAUCUAGGUCUAAAAUGAAAGAGGUGGUGAGUGAGUUUUCCAUGUCUGAUGAGGAUGUCCUAGUCAAAUCCAAGGGAAAAGGCAAAGUCAGUGGAGAGAAGUCCGAGAAACGCAAGUCUGAAUUUUUUGAAGAACCUGGUUCUGUGAAGAAAAUGAGAAGUGAAGUCAGCCUUGGCUCUAAGCACUUGAGGCAUCAAAAAGUUCUGUAG